UUUUGUAAACAACAUGGCGAUUCACGAACUGGCCCUGCUAGCAGUCUGAAGCUACUGUGCUGUCAAACCUCCAGCUUUUGUGUGUGUGUGUGUGUGUGUGUGUGUCUGUUAUAAGCGUUAUACGUGACACCCUGCGGAAGUGUUGAGUUCGCACCGAAACGACAAAGAGCUGGACUGACGAGCUGUCAAGAAGACCGUUUGACAGUCAAACGGCCCUCUUCAGUCUAUGGGCUCUCAGUCCAGUUCUGGGAUGUCUGGUGGAAGGGGCUCUUCCAGUGGCAACCCAGCUGAGGAGUCUGAAGUAGCAGAAUCAAACCAGAGCAGCAGCAGCAGCAGCCGAGGCCGCAGGACGGCUGACAGGCAGCAAGGAGACAGACAGCCAGCAUCAGAGGAGGACGUUGACUUAGCUGAAGUGCUGGCUUACCUACUAAGGAGGGGCCAGGUCAGACUGGUCCAUGGCAGCGGAGCCACAGGGCUUCAGCUGGUCCAGUCCUACUCUGACUCUGAUGACGACAGCGACGGAGCUUGGGAGGGUCGGCUUGGUGACCGCUACAAUCCACCAGUGGACGCCCAGCCCGACACACACGAGGUGGACCAGAGUGAGAUCCGAACUCAGAUCCUGCUGGCCAAUGCCUCCUCUGCCCAGAAAGGCCGAAAGAGUUUCACCCACAUGCUGACAGAGAGGGAGCACGGCAGAUGUAGAGGCUCCAGUUUUUCCCACGGAGAGUGCACUCGUAUCCGCACACAUUUUCUGCCAAACUAUGUAUCCCACAAGGACACAUACCAGCAGAAAGCCUUCUGCGGAGUGUACAGCGAGGAUGGCAACAUGUUCCUCUCUGCCUGCCAAGACCAGAACAUCCGCUUGUACGACACCGCCAGGGGGCGCUUCCACCUGCGGCGAACAGUGAAGGCCCGGGAUGUGGGCUGGAGUGUGCUGGACGUGUGCUUCACCCCUGACACAAAUCACGUGCUCUACUCCAGCUGGUCUGACUACAUUCAUUUGUGCAGUAUAGAUGGAGACAGUGAAAACCACACCGCCCUGGACCUCAAUCCAGAUGAGAGGAGGUUCUGUGUGUUCUCACUGGCUGCGUCCACAGAUGGCAAUGAGAUCCUCGGAGGAGCGAAUGAUGGCUGCCUUUACGUUUUUGAUCUUGAGCAGAAUAAACGAACGUUGAAGAUUGAUGCCCAUGAGGACGAUGUGAAUGCGGUGGCAUUCGCCGACAGCUCGUCGCAGCUGCUCUUCUCUGGCAGCGACGACGCGCUGUGCAAGGUGUGGGACAGACGGACGCUGCGGGAGGACAGACCGCAGCCUGUCGGACAGCUGGCCGGCCACCGAGACGGCAUCACCUUCAUCCACAGCAAGGGUGACGCGCGCUACCUGAUCAGCAACUCAAAGGACCAGUCCAUCAAGCUCUGGGACGUCAGAAAGUUCUCGCCCAAAGAGGGGCUGGCAGCUUCACGCCUGGCUGUCACCCAACAAAACUGGGAUUACCGCUGGCAGCAGGUUCCCCAGAGAGCCCUGAAGAGACACAAGCUGACGGGCGACACCUCGGUCAUGACCUACCGUGGUCACGGCGUUCUGCACACGCUCAUCCGCUGUCGUUUCUCUCCGGAGUUCAGCACCGGACAGAGGUUCAUCUACUCCGGCUGCUCCACUGGCAAAAUCAUCAUUUACGACGUCCUGACGGGCGCCGUGGUCUCCAAACUGUCAGGCCAUGACGCGUGCGUGAGGGACGUCAGUUGGCACCCGUAUGAGGACAACAUCGUCAGCAGCUCUUGGGACGGAGCGGUGCAAAUGUGGGAGCACAGACAGACCCAUCCUCUAGAGGAGGAGAGGGAGAGAGACUGACAGCAGGAGAAAGACCCUGGGGACGGCGAGCGACGAAAAGAGACAAAGGAAAAGAUGUCAGAGGAAGUGACAUCACCACAGAAGGGGCGAGGCUGGCCAUGACAGAGGAAAGCAAAAUGCCAGGAAUGACUUUGAGAGACUUAAAUACCUGUUUAAAUUCAAUGCUGGAUAAUAAUGAUUACAAUUAUAGCGUGGUUGUGAAGUGUUCAUUUGGAAGGCAUUAUAGCCUUACAUUGUUAGGGCAUAGCGGGAUGGCCCACCUCUGUUUUUCUCAUUUUUGCCUCACUGUCUUGCACAAAGUCAACAGGCCCGAGCUGUUGAAUUUGGCCUGAAACACUUAACACAAAUGUGCUAGAGCUCAAAAUGCAAAGCACUGCACUUACUUAAUGAGCUAUUGAAAUUUAACGAUAAGUUAGUGAUAUAAAAAUCACUGUUUUCAUAAUGCAGGGAGAAACUGAGGAUAAUUCUGUAUAAAUGUAUAGCAUUUUAAUGGUGUGUGCGUUCAGGGAGUGGAUUUAGAUAGUUGUCACUGUGCUGAUUUGCACUCGCUGUUAUGAAUAACAUAAGCUGUGUCCUAUUUGAGAGGCUAUCACCAUUAAAGUCCACAUUUAAAGACCCAAUAUAUUACAAUAACACAGUACAUUAUUUGCCAGUUACCCAGUUUACCAUUGGUCCACCACUUGGCCAGCUGUUCAGGGGCAGGUGCCUGGUGGUUAACUUGCUUUGUUGGGAAUUUCCAGCAUACCAAGUUAACCGGGAUGCCCAAACGUACUUUUGAACUCAACAAUGAUUUAAUGCUAAAUCCUCUUUAGACCACCUCAAGCCUAAAGGCAAAACACAGCAAUAGUCAGAGGAUUUAUUAUUGAUCCUGGAUCAGCACACAACUCUGUAAACACAAGCCCUGAGUUGAUUUAAAAAAAAAAAUUAAAAAAAUGAGGAAUUGUAAUUUUGUUGGCCAAUAUAAACCUGUGAUCUGUUUAACAGAUUUGAAUGUGUGUAAAACAUGUUGAGGUCAAAGACUUGGUGAAGGGACUGGGGAUGUGUGCGUGGAUCAAUACUUACACACUGAUCUGUAUAUGCAAUUUUCAGGUGUUUAUAUCAAAGCCCUUAUUUCACUCUCAGACCAUUGUUUUACAGUAACAAUAAAAUCUUUUAAUGUA